GUUCUCAAAAGAAGGUUUUUUGAAAACGGUCGUUAAUAUUAUCAUGUUAUUGCGUAUCAAACUUUACUACUUAUUGAAAUUUGAAUAAUUUUAGGAAAUAAUCAUUUCCAAAUACUAAAUAAACUACAUUGAAAAAGUCAAACUAAUAAUAUUAUUUUUCAAUUUGAUAUAAUAGUGCAAAUAUGACGACCAGCCAAAAGCAUCGCGAGUUUGCAGGAGAACCUAUGCGAGACAAGCCUGUUGAUGACCUUGCAGGUAUUGGACAAGUAAAUGCUGGAAGGCUUAAAGAACAAGGUUUUACUAAAGCAUACAAUGUUUUGGGCCAGUUUCUACUUCUACAGAUGGAUGAAGAAUUAUUUUGUGAUUGGUUAAAAGAUUUAAUUAAAGCAAAUUCAAAACAAGCAAAAGAUUGUCACGCUUGUCUUAAAGCCUGGUGUGAUGAAUUCCUUUAGCUAUUAAGACGUGUAAAAAAUUGGAAAAUUUAUUUUGUAUUAAUAUUACUUCUACAAUUUUAAUUUUAUUAACAUUAUACAUAACUUGUAGAAGUUUUAAAUCAUUUUGUUUUGAAGUUUUGAGCAUUAAAUCUAAUAUAAGAUGUAUUACAUUUAUUUUCUUUGCUUACAAUAAAAUAUAGUACUUAUUUUAUAAACUAAUCAUAUAACAAAAUAUACCUUGGUUAUGCUCA